CUCUUUAGACAGUUCUGUCUGCUCUGUUGUUUAUGAUCACCAGGUCUGCUCUGUUGUUUAUGAUCACCAGGUCUGCUCCUCUCUUUAGACAGUUCUGUCUGCUCUCAUCCCAGGAUUCAGUCAUGUCAGAGAUGUAGUACAAACUGGAACCAAACUUCUUCCAUUCUUCAAGGCAGGUUUGAUUCAGCAUAUUGUACCUUCUCUUUAGAUCGGCCUUUUCUUUAUCCAGGUUUUUGUUUUGGACCUGUAGCUCGUCUCUCUGUUCAGUCAGGUUGUUGUUGCUGGUUCUAUAAACUAACAACCUCUCCUCCAAACUGACAGUGACUCCAUUAUAGUAGACAAACAGCACCAUGAUCCCAGCCAGUAGGAGAAGGCACAGCAGGCCCAGACACGCUGCAGCAACUCUGGAGCGUCUCCCCAUCGAGCCCUCAGAGCCGUAGUUACUUUCUCCAGGUCUACUCUUUGGUGUGGUGUCUUCUGUCUUGGUACCGGAAUCAUGUCCUUUCAGGGUCUCUGCACUGACAUAUGACAGUAGUCCACUCAUCAGAAUCACCACAGUCUUGUUCCUCCCUUUUAAUGCAUUUUGUGCUGUCAAUGAUACACUCAGACAUCGUCAUGUUAUUUUCCGCCGUCAUUCCAAUUCAACUAUUACAUACACUGUAUUCUAAUAUUGCUCUGUGACUGCACUGUGCUGGGGUUAAGACCCUAGGGAACAGGAAGACAUUUUUUUUUACACCUGUGAGAAAGGAAAUGACAACGGAACCACCCACCAUGCAAUUGUUAAAAGUGUUACAAAAUAUACAACUAAGCUGCCACCUAAGUUGUGUGUAUGAAAAUAAUAAGAAAAAUGCAUUUGUGUCACUUCAGGUGGACAUAAUUAUUUCCCAGGUAGGUUAAUGUCUGAGCGUCAGAUAUAGGCCUACUGUUCACAGAAGUGCAAAUCCUUGAAGAUCAGAUAAUGUGGCCGGUGGAGUGGGUAUAUAACAGUUUGUCUUCGUGAUUGAGUCCUGUGUAGCAACCAAAAAACACAAUCAUAAAAUACGUUAUUCUCCUGGCUGUUUGCCGUUGCAUGUCAAUCCUUGCUUUACUCGUUGAGAGAAAUUGUUUAAGUUCACAUUGAUGUCCAUCCUGUGAUAAUACUCAGUGAAUAGUGAAUAUUUACUGAACACAGGCACUUAUGUUUUCAAGUGUUGUAUUUCCAUGCAAUUUCACACAGAUUGUCUGUAUUUCAGUCGCUGUCCUCAUUGAGGAUGAUAAGAUUGUCGGAGGGUAUGAGUGCAGAAAGAACUCGACUCCGUGAACUCGACUCCGUGAAAGAGUUCGACUCCGUGAAGGUCAUCAUGCACCCCAGUUACAACAGCCGCAACCUGGACAACGACAUCAAGCUGAGCAAGCCCGCCUCCCUGAACAGCUACAUGUGCACUGUGGUCAUGCCCUGUAGCUGUGCCAGCUCUGGCACCCGCUGGCUGGGGCAACCUACCCAGCAGAGGCUCCUUCUACCCCAACCAACUGUUCUGCCUGGAUCUCCCCAUCCUGAGCAGCGGCAACAGCGCCUACCCUGCGCUGGCUUCAUGGAGGGAGGCAAGGAGGCUUGCCAGGGAGACCGUGGUGGGCAAUGGGCAGCUGCAGGGUGCUGUGUCCUGUGGUUACAGUUGUGCCCAGACUAAGAUCUACAACUCCUGGAUAAGCAGCACCAUGUCCUCCAACUAAUUGAUUUAGACUGGAAGAGACAUAUUCUCUAAGACAGAAACCCAUGAUAACUGGUAUGAGAAAAUAAAAACACCAUAUUUUGACAUUCAUUCUUUAAAGUGCAUUACUAUGAGUGCAAUAUGUGCUUUUAGGAAGGUAUGAAACGGGUAUCUGGCUAGUGCUUAUUAUGUCUAACUUGUAAAGCAAGAGUUGCAGACAACAGCUCAAUCUGUUCAAUGCCGAUUGUGCACUGUUAGCUGGUGAGCCGUUUCCUGGAAACUUAAUGACAUGAGAAUGAACAACUGUCAGUGGAAAUAUGAUGACACAUGAACUAGCAACUGCAAUAGACAUGAGUAGAACAUGCUUUGGUUAAUUCAUGAAAAUUACACAAAUGUAGUCUUUCAGCUGUACAGAAAACAUUUUAAAAUGUAGAAUGUUGACAAUAUGCAAACAAUUAACCUAAAUGUGUAGCUAUGCAGCUAAGACAGAUAAUGAAUAAAGGUUUGUGUUCGUUUGUCUGCUGACUUAAAAUGGUGAACUUAAAAUGGCAAAUGCCUCUUCGAUGAGGUUUAACGGUGGCUGGCAUCCAAUAAAUGUUGCAUUACCACCAACCUACUAGACUGGAGUACAACUUCCUUAUACUUCGCUUGAA